AUGUCGAGAUACAGUCCCAAAGAGACGGAUGUUUCGGUCCGGCUCCUUCGGGAAGUCCACGGCGACAACGAUCGCCUUAUCAAUUCCCUGAUGCGCAGGACUGAGCCUGCUAAAUCUGGUUCCAUGCCCGAUGGCGGCGAAGAGUCCGUCAACACAUUGCUUAGGAACAAGGAGCACGAGUGGGAGUACGAGAAAGGAGGCAACCCCGGCGUGUUCGAUGCAACGAGUACUCCCAAGCCGCGCUCUGAAAUGUACCGGGAGCUUGGCAAUGAUAUCCGCGCAAUGGUAAACAAGGCGAAGCAGGAUAUCACCCAGAAGAAGAGAGAGAACACUGGGAAAGCCUCCACCACCUCUACGUUGAAAGCCCCGACCAGGGCCAAGAAGGCCAGGGCAUCCGCGUCUCAGGCCAUCAGUGCUGCAGUUCCAACUAGGAGAAGCGCCCGUGUCCAGAGCAUGCAGACCACCAAGUCCAGUACGCACCCUGGCAACCCCGACAGCGCCAAUAGCACGCAAGAGGAGUACCCGCACUCGCUUGUAGCGGGCAUGAAAUUCGCGGUCUUCGGGAACGAAGCGUUCAAAGUCGUGGCGCGAAUUGGGUCUACAUGGCAAGAGCGGGAGAGUGGUUUGGACGAGAGGAGAGAGGGGCGCGUGGUUGAGGACUUGGGGGUCGAUAUAUGGGAUAAGAGGGGCGAGCAGGCGGCGGGGAGGUGGUUUGAGGAGAAUCCUAAGGACGGUAUUGGAAGCAUGAUGAUCGGUAAAAAAGUACGCAUCUUCCUCCUGACCGGCAUGCAUCAGAUGUUUGAUCUUCCGCAAGGUCCAUACGAUACCGGCGACCUCCAGCUCUGUGGGCCAAUAGCGGAUUUCGGCGGACUUGAGGGCCUGCGAAAAGAAAAGAAUCGGCUGGAUCCUGUCAUUCGUCCAGGGAUGGACCUUGCCAUCCGCGAGGACGCCGAUCUCAUUGCGCAGCAUUACAAUUUGCAAACGACCUCGGCCACCGACAAGCUCAAUCUCAAGUUGCUGGCCGCGAGCCAGUACAUUUCCCAAUUUCGAAUGAAAGUCUUUUACCGACCAGGUAAGACUCACCUGGUUCCGGAUGCUCUCAGCAGGCUCAUUGAUGAGUCUGCGGCACCCCCCGAGACGGAGCCCGAGAUCCUCGAUCCAGUAACCGUGUUCUCUGUCACCGUGGUCGAGUUGUCAGAUGAAAUCAAGGCGCGGAUCAAACGGGGUUACCUGACCGACGGCCACUGGAAAAGGACCCGCGAAGUCCUCACGCGGAUCAAGGAAACCGACCGUGCGGAGGUUGAGAGAAAGCGUGGGAAGGAGUAA